AGUAACUGGCAUAAGGAAUAUGCUUUGGUGAAGGACGAAAAAUUUGAUACAUUGCUUGGCCCUCAAGUCAUUUUUUUACAUCAGCAAAGAAGAACGUAUGAAGAACAUAAAGCUGAGUUGGAGGAGGAAAACUAUCAUCUUCGUAGUGAAAUACAAAUAGAAGUUGAUACUAAUCGUCAAAAUGAGAAACAGAUUAGGGAUCUAGAACGUGAUUAUGACCGCUGUGUACAAGAAAUCCAGACACUUAAUGGGAAGAUAGAACGUCUUGAGAAUGCUUCGAAAGAAGAGAUAAUAGAGUUGAAGUCUGAAAUCUCCAGCUUAAAAAGUCGGCUAUAUCAAGCUAAGAAAGAU